UCAUUAGUGAGAGAUAAAGGUGUAUUAUAGUACUAGAAGCAGCGGGGGCGACAUUUUACUGAAUAAAUUUGCUUAAAAUUAUCGUUUUUCGAACACAGUACAUUAUGCAUUUGAAAAUAUACAACUGAAGUCAACAAAAUUUAAGAAAACUUAUUUUUACUGGACAUUUACAUUCUACAGAACUGUGAUUUUUUUACUCUAACAAUGGGAAGAUAUAUUUUGCAAGUUGUCAUCUUAAUAAGUUGUACAUUAGGAUUUACAGUAUCAAAGUCCUUACAUAGACGCUCCAUACCAGACUCAGUGUAUAUAAAUCUGGUUUCCGCCCUGUGUAUAGAAGAUGACGGCUCAGUUCGGGAUGCAUGUUUACAAAAUUUAUCAUCGAGUUUAUUAGACGCAAUUUAUAGUAAUGUGAAUGAAGACAAGUUUGGAAAAAUGAGUGAUUCCCAAAACAGUGAACUGAGGUCAUUUUUGCUGAAACAGACUGAACUUCCGGUAAAAAGAGGACGUGAGAGAUCAUCCGGAUUUUACAGUAACUGGUAGAAGAGUUCCGAAAAGAUAACUUGUAUAUUAAUGACUGAAUACGAAAACAAAUACACAACAAUGAAUUGUAUAUAUCUGAGAUAUUCAGAUAUAAGGACUGUUUGAACUGUGACUUUUUUAUUCAUUCCGUUUAAAGACAGGAAUGAUAUCUGAGGUCCCAAUUAAUAGAUUUAAACCGAUUAUUUCGUCCUAUAAAUCGGAGCCAAAUUUUUGAAAUGAUAUAUGCUGUUUGUGUAUUCUUUACGGACACAUGUAUAUAAUGAAGUUAAGUAACACCAUUUUUAAGUUAGAGGAAAUUUUCUAAAUCAUUAAAACUACUUGUACUA